GAAAGGGCAUAAAAUGAGAAUGUAGUAUUUAAUUUUCUUCUUUGUUGAAUCCUUGUCUUCCGUUUCAAAACAGGUAGCGGCAAUUCCUAGACUGACAGAUUCGUGAAGAAGACGAACAAGCUCUGCACUCUCACGCGACCCUGUUCUCCUCUCUCACUAGUCUCACCUUUGAAUUUCACAUCAAGGGUAUCCAUGGAUUCGAUUCCGUAACCUAAACUCCCAAAUUCUCUUCCGACACACCCGAGGAUGUUGUCGAGAAUGGAAGCUGGUAAGAAGAGUAGUGGUGGUACUAGUGGGGGUUCUAGUAACCAGAAGAAGUUGUUAAAGGAUGUUGAAACUAUAAACAAAGUUAUGUAUUUGGACCGAAGCGCGUCAAGGAGUUCGAUAUCUUCUGCGAAUUCUCGAUCUAAACCCGCCGGGCAGUCCUUGUUCUCUGAUCCCAAAUCGAGGGCUAAAUCGAGUGGCAAUAAUGAUGAUGGUAGUAGUACAUUGCAGAAGGAUAAGAAGUCCAUUUGGAAUUGGAGGCCGCUGAAGGCGUUUUCGCAUAUUCGCAAUAAGAGGUUCAAUUGCAGUUUUUAUCUCCAGGUGCAUUUGAUUGAAGGGUUGCCUUCCAAUUUUGAUGAUUGCAGCCUUUCUGUGUACUGGAAGAGACGCGAUGGGGUUCUGGUGACGCGUCCGGCGAAGGUGGUUCAGAGUGUGGCUGAGUUUGAAGAGAAGUUGAGUUACACUUGCUCAGUGUAUGGAAGUAGGAGUGGGCCUCACCAUUCUGCGAAGUAUGAAGCGAAGCACUUUUUGCUGUAUGCUUCGCUUCUCAGUGCGCCUGAACUUGAUUUGGGGAAGCACCGGGUGGAUCUGACGAGGCUGCUUCCUCUUACUCUAGAGGAGCUUGAGGAGGAGAAGAGCUCGGGGAAGUGGACUACUAGUUUUAGAUUGUCAGGAAUGGCGAAGGGUGCUGUGAUGAAUGUCAGUUUUGGGUAUACUGUGGUUGGUGAUAACGCUAAUGCUGCCAGAGACAGCCGCAAUGCUCCUAAUGUUUUGAUUCAGAGGCAGAACAGUCUUGCUUUGACGAAACCAGAUGCUAAUCCUAGACAGUACGAUGGAAGCAGCAGUGUGAGGCGUGCUGGAAGUUUGCAAAUCUUAAGGAGCCAGGACUUAUCUCGGGCUGCGGAUGAGGUAAAGGAUCUUCAUGAGGUACUGCCACCAUCUAAGUCAGUGCUAGCUAGCUCCAUAGACAUCUUAUAUAAAAAAUUUGAAGAAGACAAGGCAUGUAACCCUCCACAUAAUGAACCUGAACUUGAUUCGUUCAUAGAAAACAUUGAGCCAAUCAAACUAGAUGCAUUUGCUUCAUCCGAUCUUGGAACUGUACAGCAUGCAGGUGAUGAUGGAAAUACAUGUCCUGGGCAUGACAAACCUGAACUCGAUGCAUUUCAAGAAAACCUGGAGAUAAUUAAACAAGAUGGAUAUUCUGUACCUGAUUCUGGAAAAGAAGACCCUCAAGAGAGUCAAGAUAAUGAUUUUUUUGUCGUUGAUAAGGGCAUAGAGUUGUCACCAGAUGAAAGUGUUAAACUAGAGGAACCCAUCAAAAAGGCUCCUGAGGAUGCUUCUACAGUUGACAGUACUCCUACCCUUGAUACUACAGCUAUACAAGUAUAUUCAGAAGAUGGUGUUAAAAAUGAUUCCCUGGAUGAGCCAAAUGAUAGUUCUAAGGAUCAGACAGUGGUUGGCGAAUUUGCUUGCGAAGUGAAUCGUUCAUGUACAAAUGAACUGCUGCAAGAAUUAGAAUCAGCUUUGAAUAGUGUAACAGAAUUGGAGACAGUGGCACUAGAAUCUCCUGAUAUUAUGGAAGCCAAAUCUGAGUAUACGAUGAGAAAGUCGCAUAGCUUGGAUGAUGUUACAGAAUCAGUUGCGACUGAAUUUUUAAGCAUGCUGGGCAUGGACCACAGCCCAGGGGGCUUGAGUUCUGAAAGUGAGCCUGAGUCUCCAAGGGAGCUUCUUUUAAGACAAUUUGAGAAGGAGGCUCUGAAUGGGGGCUUUCCUUUAUUUGCUUUUGACAUGGAUGAUGAUAAUGAAGCAGAUGAUGGCUAUGAUGUUCCUACUGAAUCUGAGCUGUGGAAUUUCUCUGAGGGUAUUGAGUCAUCAUCUUUAUUGCAAGAUCUGCCGAAGGAGCAUCUAGUUGAGUCUCAGGACAUGAAGAGUAAACAGAAGGCUCAGAUGUUAGAAGACUUGGAAACUGAAGCCUUAAUGCGUGAAUGGGGUUUGAAUGAGAAGGAUUUCUAUCAUUCUCCACCAAAAGAUUACGCUGGUUUUGGAAGUCCAAUUCAUUUACCACCGGAAGAGCCUCCCACAUUGCCCCCCCUUGCUGAGGGAUUAGGCCCUUUUCUUCAGACUAAAGACAGGGGUUAUCUACGCUCUAUGAACCCCUCACUUUUUAGCAACACUAAAAAUGAUGGGAACUUAAUCAUGCAGGUUUCCAACCCUGUUGUGGUACCUGCAGAAAUGGGUUCUGGAAUAACAGAGGUUUUGCAGUGCUUGGCUUCAGUGGGAAUUGAAAAACUCUCAAUGCAGGCAAAGGAGUUAAUGCCUCUGGAAGAUAUCACAGGGAAGACAAUGCAUCAAAUAGCAUGGGAAGCUAUGCCUUCCUUAGAGGGAGCAGAGAGGCAAUGUAAUUUGCAGCAUGAUUCAACAGCAGGGCAUGAUACUACUCCUGUGCGAAGGGACUUGAAAGGAACACCAUCUGGACCAAAGUCUGCUAAGUCUAGUUCAAGUUCAGUGGCGAACCAGACAGGCUCAGAGUUUGUUUCAUUGGAAGACCUUGCCCCAUUGGCUAUGGAUAAAAUUGAAGCGCUUUCAAUUGAGGGUUUGAGAAUACAAUCUGGGAUGUCGGAGGAGGAUGCACCGUCAAACAUCGUUGCACAAUCCAUUGGGGAUUUGUCAGCUCUCCAGGGCAAGGGGAUUGAUACUAGCGGAUCCCUUGGCCUGGAAGGAGCUGCUGGUUUGCAGUUGUUGAAUGUAAAAGACAGCACUGAUGGUGUUGAUGGGAGUGUUGAUGGGAUAAUGAGCCUGUCAUUAACUCUUGAUGAGUGGAUGAGGCUGGAUUCUGGUGAGAUUGAUGAUGUAGAUAAUAUCAGUGAACACACUUCCAAACUUCUUGCAGCCCAUCAUGCUAAUUCUUUCGACUUUAUGCGUGGGAUUUCAAAGGGAGAGAGGAGACGAGGCAAAGGCAGAAAAUGUGGUUUGCUAGGAAACAAUUUCACAGUAGCAUUGAUGGUGCAACUUCGCGAUCCUCUGAGAAACUAUGAGCCUGUUGGAACGCCAAUGCUUGCUCUUAUACAAGUUGAGAGAGUGUUUGUCCCGCCAAAGCAGAAAAUUUUCAGCUAUGUAUCUGAGGUAAGAAACAACAAUGAUAACGAUGAUGAUGAGAGCGAAAUAGUAGCAAAGGUGGAGAUGAAGGACACAAAGAAAGAGGAAAAAAGCUCUGAAGAGGAAGGCAUCCCACAGUUCAAAAUUACUGAAGUUCAUGUGGCAGGUUUGAAGAAUGAGCCUCACAAGAAGAAGCUCUGGGGCACUUCAAGUCAGCAACAGUCUGGUUCGCGCUGGUUGGUGGCUAAUGGAAUGGGGAAGGGGAAGGGUAAUAAUAAGCUUCCAUUGAUGAAAUCAAAGGCUGCUUCAAAAUCUAGUGCUCCAGUUACAACAAAGGUGCAGCCGGGUGAAACCUUGUGGAGCAUAUCUUCUCGGAUUCUUGGUUCAGGAGCGAAAUGGAAGGAAUUGGCAGCACUGAAUCCUCAUAUAAGAAACCCUAAUGUCAUUAUACCAAAUGACACUAUUAGACUUAGUUAAAUGGUGAGCUGAUUUUUGUUGAAGAUUAAUCUUUGUUGUCAUAGUCAUAAUACCAAAUGAACCAUCUCAAGAGCCUGCUAGGAAAUUGUUUGCUUUUCUAAGACCAUCAAUCAAAAUUGCUAAGUAUGAUGAGAUAUGGAGAAAGCAACAUGUUUUUCUUUUGUAAA